AUGGGCAUUCACACCUCUCGUGACGUAAAUCAGUCACCCCGACGCCUGAACAAGUUGAGAGUGAAGAAUGAAACCCCAAUUAUAGCGGACGGAACUGCUUUGACUCCAACUGGUGCCGAUGAUCGAAUUGCAGCUAGAAGUAAGAGCAAAACUUAUGUGACUCUUAAUUGCGUCGCGUAUAGCUCCUUCCUAGGCGCAGAAUGUAUCACUGGGUGGGAAGAUGGCUCUAUUCAAUGUCUCAAUUGGCGCUCGGCAGCCAGGGAUGCUGUCAACAUUUGGAAACCCCAUUCUCAAGCGGUAAAUCAACUCGUUAUUAAAUAUAAACUGCAAAUGAUCUACUCGUGCUCACAAGACAGUACGGUAGCUAUUACGCCUAACACUGACAAACCUGCGUCAGAGACAGCAACUAUGCUGCGUGGCCAUCAACUGAACGUGACAACGGUAGCAGUGGACGUUGCAGAGCAAAUGUUGUGCUCAGGAGGAUACGACACUCGGACCAUUUUCUGGGACCUCACGACAAGUUAUAUUGUUGCCAAGAACACGACGCCACAGAACGUCGUCACUUGCUCGAUGUGGCUGCCAGGCGAGACCCUUGUUGCACAAGGGAGUGAAGAUUUGAGUGUCAAGUUUUGGGAUCCAAGAACACCACUACGCGUGCCUGUUCAGACUCUAGAAGGACUCGAUCAUUUUCCGUUAAGUAUAGCAGCGCAUGGAAACGAGCAAACGAGUGAUAGCACAUAUCUGCUGGCAUCUAGCAAGGGUUUUAACGGCAUUGGCUGUGAGGCACGGGUGUGGGAUCGACGCACAGGCAGACAACUCAUCAAAUACCAAGCACAUCAACACGAUGCGCUUGCUUGCUGCUUUUUACCUAGGACAGCAAACAAAAAUGAAGUUGAGAUGCAGGUGGAUUCUGGACAUCUAUGGCAUUAUCCUGUAACUGCGUCAAAGGACGCACGGUGA